AUGCGCUUAACGUGAUCGAAACAUGUUGUGAUUUGUGAACAAGGAGUUUUCUUAAAUUCGAUGUUUUUAGAUGUUUAAAUUCAGUAAAUAAAAAAUGUAUCCUUUGAUAAAAAUCUGGAGAAAAAGGAAAGGAUAAAUAUGUUUGGAGGAGAAUGAGGAAAUUGAAUUUGAUUCUUCUUCUGUUCCCCCUGGCGGGCUCCUCUUUUCAUCCUAAUGUACACACACAGGGAUACUGGAGUCCAGGAGUAUGGGAGGAGUGUAGAAUAUUCCAGACUGGAUCAGAGUGUGGGUUCGGAACUCAGAGUCGAAACGUGUCUUGUAUCGGGUUUCCGUCCUCACCUCCUCAAGUGGUUAAACCUAUUCUUUGCAGUGGAUUACCUAAACCAGAUCAGGAGCGAUUGUGUGCUCGACGUUGCUCUCCUGACUGCCAGCUCGGUCCAUGGGAAGCGUGGGGUCCUUGUACCUGUAACAGGAGAGCUCAAGCCAGAAAUGUACGGGGCAUCAGUAAACCAGAAGCCUGUGCUGAGUGCGCAGACGCAGACAGCACAAGAUUCAGAAGAGUUGUAGUGCCCCCCACUGGUGGAGGGGGGAGUUGUCCCCCUAAACUACAAAGAAGAUCCUGUAUCCCAGCCCUCUGUAUCAAGGGACCAACCACUGAAAAUGUAAUCACUGAAAGUUGAUUGAAACAUGUUCUUCCUCACAAAUUGUUUUGCAAACAGACAAACAAACAAACAAACAAACAAACAGACAAACAGACAAACAAACAAACUAAAUCAUAAACAAACAAACAGACAAACAUUCGCAUGUUCAAGGUUACCAGGACCAGUUGUGUCCUGAUAGCCUGUCGCUGUAUACGAACUAAGGAACUAAUGAUUGUAUCCUUAUGAAAUUUUAGAAAUCUGUGUUUUAAAGCUUCACAAAUUCAAAAAUAAAUUUUGGGGUUCAUACAUCGUUUUUUGAAGGUGUCCUUAUAACCCUCGUCUGAAUGAGUUUUCGCUGUCAGGACCACUUUUCUCGGCUGUCAGGACCGUUUUUCGUAAAAUUUGCGCUGUCAGGAC